AUGCCCAAAUCAGCGAAUACCGCUGAAGAAUACGAUGUCGUUGAUCAUCAAGACACUGCGCUGAGCCCAGAGACAGUUGCUGAGCUGAGAGAAUGGCUCCAGCCCACUGAUUACCUCGCCGAAAGCUCAGAGUAUCGUCGCCAUCUGUUAUCCCAGGCUCCAGGCACUGGACUCUGGAUAUGCGAAACAGAAGAGUAUCGCAAGUGGCAUGAUUCUCCCGACCAUGGUAGUCUCUGGAUCAAAGGCGUCCCUGGCGCCGGCAAGUCUGUGAUGGCAGCCAGUUUGAUUCAGCAUCUGCGAACAACUGAGAACUGUCCCGUUCUAUUCUUCUUCUUCCGGAACAUCGUCGCUGCGAAUUUCUCUCCACGUGCCCUGAUUCAAGAUUGGCUUGCUCAAUUGCUGCCAUAUUCCCCCAAGUUGCAGUUUGCUCUUCAAUCGCGACUCCAGGACAGCUUAGAUGACACCUCGGACAAUGAGCUCAUUCAACUCUUCCUUGACGGCGUCUCGUGUGUGCCCCUGCUUUACUGUGUUGGCGAUGCGCUCGAUGAGAUGUCGACUGAUAGCACGCCAAUCUUGGAGAGGCUCAACGGUCUCGCUACUCAUCGGCCCAGAACAUUGAAGUUGCUCAUGACCAGCAGACCCUCUCGCACCCUGCAGAGUACGCUACGAGAUUCAUCCAUCGUUCACAUUAGCCUGCAACAGCGCCUCGUGGAUGUCGACAUCCAUUCAUAUCUCAAUCAUCGCUUUGACAAUACCCCAGUAUUGGAGCAUCAUCGUGAGGCGAAAAAGGAUCUCAUCAACAUGGUCGCCGAGAAAUCACAAGGCCUAUUCCUCUACGCCAAGCUGACCAUGGACCAAGUUGAAGAUUCCCUUCAAUCCGAUGCAGCUCUCAACAUUGAAGAUCUCGAGGCAUCACUUCCGGUAGGCCUGGAGCAGACGUACACGAGCAUGCUGGAAAAGCAACGAGGAGAGCCUGGUAUUACUGCAGAUGUUCAAGUCUUGAUACUUGAGGCAGUCAUUCAUGCAUCGCGCCCUCUCCGACUGAAUGAACUGGCGAGCCUCUUGAAGUGCGUUCGCACUGACAUCACCCAGCCCAGUGCCUUCAAAAGUUUGAUCGCAACUAGCUGUGGGCCACUGAUUGAGAUCCUCGAGGACGAGACUUUGCAGGUAAUCCAUCACUCAUUCACGGAAUUCCUACGUGGAGAUACUCGCAGCGCCUCCACUGUUGGUGCAUCUGAAUUCCCAAUCAUCGACUCUCUUCAGGCACACAAGCAUAUGGCCAUGAACUGCCUUUUCUAUCUGCAGUCCGGAUCACUACUACUAGAGAGCGAGCAAUCCAACAACUCAGCUGUCGAUCCGUCGGUGACAUUCGAAACACCCAGACACAAAAUCGAUCAUGAUGCGUGGCAUUACAGAUAUGAGCACCUUGGUCUUCGCGAUGAACAUGAUGCUUUCGAGUACAGAUCAGCUCGUCUACGACAUCCAUUCCUCAGCUAUGCGGUCGAGAAUUGGCCAUACCAUGCCUCAAACUACGACAUGGAUGAUGAUGAAUUCUUCAAGACCAUCAACGACUUUCUCGAUUCUAAGAGCCUUUCGUUUCUGCGAUGGCUUGUCCUGCAAUGGGGAUCAACAUCAAGCGACAAAGGGUCACUGAAAGGGAUACCUACGGGUCUUCACAUCGCAGCCUUUGCAGGACUAACUCAGUUCGCUUCACAGCUUCUCAAGCAAGGCGCAUCAGUCUCGGCAGUUGAUGCUCAAGAGCGGGUUCCAUUACAUUGGGCAGCGAAAAAUGGCCACGAUAGAGUCGCCGCGCUCCUCAUUCAAUACGGGGCCAAUCCCGAUGCUGAAGACGGAAGGGGGUUGAAGCCCAUCCAUCUCGCAACCUUGAAGAAUUACGCCAAGGUCGUGGUCGCCUUACUUGAAGCAGGUGUUAAACCAAACACGAUAAAAACAAGGGAAAACCGAACAGGGCGUCUUCUAGGUGGCGAAAGAAUUACAAAAGGUGAAUGCUCUAUAUACUAUGCCAGUAGAGGAGGGCACUUGGAGGUAGUCACUGUCAUGAUACCAUUCUGCGAGCCACAGAUGCUGGAGCAACUUCUGUGCCAGUGCUGCCAGUUCGGUCGAGCAGACGCAGUUCAAGCAAUCUUGAACAACUCGCCUGUCUCGCCUGAUGCAACCUACGAAGGGGCGACAGCGUUGUAUUUUGCUUGUGCCAUACCCGAUGUCAAGUGUGUCGAAGAGCUCAUUCGUGCAGGCGCAGAUGUGAACAAGGUAUCCCAAUGGAAACCGAGACGACGGAUGAAUGGCCCACGUCCUCAGAAGCGGGAAGACGCAACACCGUUACAUCACCUCGUGGAGGCCUGGGAAGAUAAGAAUGAUUCCGAUAGCCAACAGAUCCUGAGAAUGUUACUGAAAGCUGGCGCUGACCUUGAACGGUUGGAUGGCUGUGGAAGAACUCCCUUGAUCAUUUCAGUGCAAGAUCCACGAUAUUCCAACGAGAGGCGAAAUCAUUUACCGGCCCUAAAGGCUUUAGUGAGAGCUGGCGCCAAUGUCAAGGUCCUUAACCAGCACUGGAAUACUGAUACGAUGCUGCACCAAGUUCUUGAACACAGCAGAGACGUAGAAGCUAUCCAGCUUCUGGUGGAAUAUGGGUGUGACCCGACGCACAGAAACAAGAAUGGAGACACAGCUCUGCACAGAGCUGUGUCCGAGACGGGCUCUUACAAGCCAGAUACCGACUCCAGAAGGAUGGAUAUUGUGAAAUAUCUCCUUAGCCAAGGUGCUGAUCCUUGUUGCAAGGAUAAAUACGGAAGAACACCGGUCGGGAUUGCCAUGUCCGGAGGGCCGGAUUUAUUCCAAGCCUUGUUCGACAGGGCAAACGAUAUCUCCGUGAGGAAAAAUUGCUGGUUUAACCUUUCAGGGAUAGACGAUGCAGACAGGUUCACUCACUAUCUUGAACUUCUACUUGCCGAAGGGAUUGAUAUCGAGAUGGUGGAUUCAGACGGCAAGACUCUCUAUUUCAAUUGUGUACGAGGAGGUAAGGAUCGAUUGCGCAUCCUGAAAGAUCAUGGUGCACGGACAAAUACCACAGACUCCAAAGGGAACAAUGCAUUGCAUCAUCUUUGCCUCUACGGAACGAGGCGUACAGAGGAAAUGGAAAUGUUCAUAGACGAAGGCCUUGACCCUCUUGCCACCAAUGACGACGGAGACACCCUUUUACAUCUUGUCGCAAGGGGGUAUAACGGUACAAGAGAAUCUGCCGGUCUUCUUGGUUGGCUCCUCAGUCUUGGGAUUCCGGUUAACGCUAUCAACAACCAGGGGGCCACUCCUUUACACGUCUUCCAAACCCGUAGACGCACUGGGAGUACUUUGCUUGAUAACAAGCGCAUUCACUUCUUGGAUGUUUUAAACCGGAACGGUGAGGUCGACCUGCAGAUCCGUGAUAACGAUGGGCUGUCACCGAUUCAUCUGGCAGUCAUGAGAUCAGAAGUUGAAAUGGCCGAGCUCAAGAAACUUGGUCUCGAUUUCAAUUAUUUAACUUCUGACUCACAAAACGUCCUUCAUCUGGCAUGCCGAGCUCGUAAAACCAGCAUCGUUGCCCAGAUUCUGGAAACAGUUCCGAAUAUAAAUAUGAACCAGGAAGACCAAUUUGGCAGAACACCACUUCAUUAUGCCUGCAGUUCUGGCGACCCCGAGAUUGUUGCCUGGCUUUUACGCUUCGGCGCUUCGACCUACAUCAAGGCGAACGAUGGCUCUUCUGUCUUGCAUGCUUGUGCGGAUAUCAGAAUUGAGCAGAGCCUAUGGAACCUACAAGCACGAGAGUCUCCAUGGCUUCGAAGAUCAUGCGCUGACCCACUUCGGCCUUGUGUUGGUAACGAUUAUCUAAGAGAGCCUUGGUAUCGGGCUAAAUACUCUACUCCCAAUGUUGAUAUUCAGAGACAUUCAUCGCCAGGAGUUGCCACCAUCAUUAAAAUGCUCGUUGAGCAUGGUGUUGACCUUGGUUGGUUAGAUGAUCGUAAACGAACAGCCCUGGAUUUGGCUCUCUUUGUAGGAUGCCCUGAUUUUGCGGAAGUCUUUUCAGAGGACGAAGAACUGUUCAAAAUGGCUACAGUCCAACUAGAGAAGGAGAACGACAGUGAAAAGGUGGAAGAAAUGCGGAGAGGCCUCAAAUUACAAAUGCUUCUGAUGCGUCCGAAAUCUUGCUGGGAAACCUUACAUCAAGAUGAAGAUGGGUUCAAGAGUCUUAUGGACAAGCCCCAAACCUUCCUCAGCCUCCUCUCCGCCCAUGAUUCUGCGAAAUUAAUGGACCAGUGCGUUGAAACUGCACCAUUAGCAACGGGAACCUACAAGCUACUCGAGCAAAUUAUGAGGCCGAGUAGCUGCCAGACUAUCAAUCAUCUUUCUGCUAUCGAGCAUGCACCAGGACUCAUCAAGUAUUACAGCAACUACGAGAAUGUAAAAGCAAGGCUCGAGAAAGAGAUCCUUGAGGAAAGCUGGCAUCCGGAGUCCCUUAUGACUGCGCUAGGCCUGGCUUGCUCCCAAGAAGAGUCAAACGUACUCACAUUGAGGUUACUUGUCGAGAAAUUGAAGGUUGAUGUCAACGCCAAUUUUGCGAUGUCUAUUGGCGACGGAUACGACAAUCGCAGCGGCGUAACCUCAGGUGGAACGGCACUGCAUGUCCUUGCCGAGGCGAAUCAACACUGGCAGUUGGAAGGCUUGAGGUAUCUGACAAAAAAUGGAGCCAACGUUAAUGCUCUGAACAGAGAUGGACAGACACCACUCCAUAUUGCAGCUGGGGGGUUGAUCCAUGAGAACCGCGAUGUGAAAGGUCUAGCGAGGCUAGAAGCUGUCAAGAUACUCCUUGACAAUGGAGCUGACAUCAACGCGCUUGACAACGCCAAAUUGACUCCCCUACAUAAGGCAUCUAAUGCACCAGAUAUCACAAAGGAACUGCUAGGAAGAGGUGCAGACGCAACUAUAGGAAAGGAAAGCCCUUUAUUCGAAGCAAUUUUCGACCAGAACCAGGAAGUAUUGGAAGCACUCCUCAAACACGGGUUGAGUCCCGACAUAGUCAGCGAAAUAAAGCACAGCCGAAAUGUGCAUUACAACCUGACCAAGUCACGCCGUGUUUAUCCUGUUCUUUGCGCUGCCUUUGCCCAAAAGCUCAAUACACAAGUUGCCAACACAAUGCCUUUGCUACGAAAUCUCAUUGGGCAUAGAGCAAAUCUCUAUCUGCCUCUGAACGACGAUGAGACGCUAAUUCAUUUCCUCUUUGUGUACCCGGAUUAUGAAGUUAUUGACGAGCUUCUGAAGCCGCCAUGCGCGUCACAAAUUGACUUCAACCAUCGCGACCAACAGGGCCAGACUGUUCUUAUGGCUGCUUGUAACUGGCGGGAAACUUUACCUGGGUUCUCUCACAGACAUUGGGAAAAGCUCCCGACAGGGCCUCCUGUGCGGAUGCUGGAUCUUGGAGCCGAUGCAACUCUGGUUGACAACCUUGGCAAGACAGCUCUCCACCAUCUGCUGAGUAACUCUGGUUUGCCGGAUGAUACACUUAUUGAGUUCAUAAAUCGAACAGAGGUCGCCCCAAUCCUCUUUCAGGUAGAUCAGGAAGGAUAUUCGCCGCUCCACUAUGCUUUUCGACUAUUGCGCCCUCGAGUUUGUGAAGCACUCCUUAUGAAGGGGGCUGACCUGCUUCAACCUGAUCCACAGGGCCGAACUGCUCUCCACUACAUAGCCUCGCAAUGCCUCCUCAAUACCCGAGAACCUGGAUCCCCAGGUCGACUAAACAUCGAGCUUGGUGACGAUUACUUCCAGCAGUGUCAUGCUCUGUGGGAAAAAUUCAUUGUUCAAGGAGGUUCCAUCAACGUUCCCGACAAGGCUGGAAAUACGCCUCUGCACACAUAUCUCUCUUCGCCAACAAAUAACGGGUAUAACUGUCACCCAGAAUCAUGCCAUACUGAUCACUACGCGAUUCUGUUCCCGGGAGAUAGCGGUGUCGAUAUUCUUGCGCUGAACAAAUCAGGAGAGGGAGCGCUACACAUGAUUGCAGGGAGAGUGAAUACCUAUAGCACGGUUGAGGGACAUGACAAGAAAUUGUUUGUUUUGAUGAUAGAUAAAGGUUUGGAUCCACUGAAGGAGGAUGAGAAGGGAAGAAGUGCGUUGGAUAUCGCGAGUGCUUGUGAGAAGGAUGAUAUUGUUGGCUUGCUUGGGAGGAAGUGA